GUCGCGCGGCAACGCGCGGAGCCGGCGGAAAUGGGGCUGAUGUCCCGCGGCGGGCCUGGGGGCCGCGAGCACCGACGUCCUCCCGGGCCCCGCGGUGCCCAACCCAGUCCCUUCCCUACCGCUCGGGGACGCGGCCAAGGGAAGCAGCCGGGUCCCCGGCAUGGUGCUCAAGGCCUUCUUCCCCACAUGCUGUGCCUCAGCAGACAGUGGCCUGCUAGUGGGCCGGUGGGUCCCGGAGCAGAGUAGUGCUGUGAUCCUGGCUGUGGUCCACUUCCCCUUCAUCCCCAUCCAAGUCAAGGAGCUCCUGGCCCAGGUGCAGAAGGCCAGCCAAGUACAAGUGACUGUGCUAGGCACCUGGUGCCACCGUCAGCAGGGACCUGAGGAGAGCCUGGGGCACUUCCUAGAGGGCCUGGGUGCCAUCUUCUCCCAUGAUCCCUGGUUGCAGCUAUGCCGGGAAAGGGGUACCAGGUUCUGGAGCUGCAAGGCCACUUACCAUCAGAUGUCUAACACUCUGAGCACACCCACUGAAGACCAGGUCAUGCUCAUCUUCUAUGAUCAGCGCAAGUUGCUGCUCUCCUGGCUGCAUCCCCCAGCAGUACUGCCUGGCUGCCAGGGUGGAGAGACCACAACCAGCACUGGAGGCCUAGCUGACAUCUUUGACACUGUGGCACGCAGUGAGGUGCUCUUCCGAAAUGACCAGUUUGAUGAGGUCCCGGUACGCCUAAGCCACUGGCAGUCAGAGGGCGUGGAGGCCAGCAUCCUUGUGGAGUUGGCAAAGCGGGCCUCGGGGCCUGUUUGCUUGCUGCUGACCUCUCUGCUGUCUCUGCUCUCAGCUGCUAGUGCUUGCCGGCUGUGGAAGCUGUGGCCACUUCCUUUCAUCAGAAGCAAGCUCUCCACUUGUGAGCAGCUCCAGCACCGCCUCAGACACCUCUCGCUUAUCUUUAGCACCGAGAAAGCCCAGAGUCCCAUGCAGCUCAUGAGGAAGGCCAACAUGCUGGUGUCUGUGCUACUGGAUGUGGCCCUUGGCCUGCUGCUUCUGUCCUGGCUCCACAGCAACAACCGGAUUGGACAGCUGGCCAAUGCCCUGGUCCCCGUGGCUGAUCACGUGGCUGAGGAGCUCCAACAUCUGCUGCAGUGGUUGAUGGGUGCUCCUGCUGGGCUCAAGAUGAAUCGGGCACUGGAUCAGGUGCUAGGCCGCUUUUUCCUGUACCACAUCCAUCUGUGGAUCAGCUAUAUCCACCUUCUGUCCCCCUUUAUUGAGCACAUCUUGUGGCAUGUGGGCCUCUCAGCCUGCCUAGGACUGACUGUUGCCCUGUCCAUCCUUUCGGACAUCAUUGCCCUCCUUACCUUCCACAUCUACUGCUUCUAUGUCUACGGUGCCAGGCUGUACUGCCUGAAGAUCUAUGGCCUCUCCUCUCUGUGGCGUCUGUUCCGGGGGAAGAAGUGGAAUGUUCUGCGCCAGCGGGUGGAUUCCUGUUCCUAUGACCUUGACCAGCUGUUCAUCGGGACCUUGCUCUUCACCAUCCUGGUCUUCUUGCUGCCUACCACUGCUCUCUACUACCUUGUAUUCACCCUGCUCCGGCUCCUGGUGAUCACUGUGCAAGGCCUAAUUCAUCUACUUGUGGAUCUCAUCAACUCCCUACCUCUAUACUCCCUUGGCCUUCGACUCUGCCGACCAUACCGGCUGGCCGCUGGUGUGAAGUUCAGAGUUCUGGAACAGGAAGCAGGCAGGCCCCUCCGCCUCCUGAUGCAGAUAAAUCCCCUGCCCUAUAGCUAUGUGGUGCACACCUACCGCCUGCCUAGCUGUGGCUGCCAUCCCAAGCACUCCUGGGGUUCCCUGUGCCGAAAGCUGUUCUUCGGAGAGCUCAUCUACCCCUGGCGGCAGAGAGAGGACAAACGGGACUGAGGAGCUGGACACAGCCUACCCAUAGCUACUACACAGCCAUCACACUUCCUCUCUGCCGGGAUAGCAGUGACCAUGGGUUUAUCUCAGGUCCCACGUGGGCAAACCAGACACUCUGUGUGCUGAAUGCAGGCAGGUCUUACCUUUGAGUUACUACUCUGGCUUUCAGGCCUGGUCAGCUUCAGUCCUGCACUCCAUCUCUCUAGCACAGUGGUUCUCAACCUUCCUAAUGCUGUGACCCUUUAAUACAGUU